AUGGGGACCUCCAAACUUGGACUUCGUGUGGUUAUCAGAAGGUCUAAUAAUGGUUCGAAUAUAAGAUGCGCUUUUGUGACAAUGACAUGUGAAAGAAGCAGGAAAUAUAGAACUCCUUUCCGGAAUUUUAAAAGAGACGACACCAGUUCAAGAAAAUGUGAGUGCCACUUUAAGGUGCGUGGUUACAAGUUGGCUAACAAAAACUGGAGAUUUAAUGUCAUAUGUGGUUUGCAUAACCAUGAUUUGUGUGAAAAAUUAGUCGGUCAUCCUAGUGUGUGUCGUCUCAUACCGGAAGAGAAGGAAUGUGUUGCUGACAUGAUAUUGAAUUUGGUUCAACCGAAAAAUAUACUUGCAACAUUGAAAUGGAAAAGAUCCGAAAAUAUAUCAAAUAUCAAUUACGUGUCUAGGUACCGAACGUGCGAGGAUGAGGUUACUGUUAACGUUAUAUUUUGGAUUCAUCCUGAUUCCAUAAAGUUGUUCAAUAUAUUUUCUAUUGUGCGCAUACUUGAUUCAACGUAUCACAUAACAAAGAAUGUGAGAAGUCAGGUUAAAUCCGCGGCAGGGGCGAAACAGAUAGAGUCUGAAGAUGGAAAAAGGAUGAAGGGAGGUGUGGUGAAGGAGAAAAUUGUUUGUGCAUGGACUGAUAAGGUUAGACACCAUGGAAAUACAACAGCUAACAAAAUUGAGUUUGCCCAUGCUACUUUGAAAAAUAGAUUGAAAAAUAGUAAGGGUGAUUUGUGUAUAGAUUAG